AUGACGCCUUUUAUGAGGAACAAUGUUGAUUUCGAGAGUAUCUCUCGAGACGAGAUUUUGGCAACGUUCAACUUUGUUAUUAUUGGUGGUUCUGAGAGCUCAGCAACCGCCUUGACUGGAAUAUUUAACCACUUGUCGAGGAAGGAAAACAGAGACAUUCUUGGGACGUUGUGUGCUGAUAUUCGGGGUAAGUUCGAAACUCAGCGAGAUAUUACUUUCGAUUCAAUUCAAGAGAUUCCUAACCUCGAAGCAGUAAUUAGUGAAGGCCUGCGAUUAUGCAACCCUGUCCCAGGAGGGCUACCUCGUGUUGUACCAGAGGGAGGAGAUACCUACUGUGGAAUAUUCCUUCCUGAAGGCGUAAGUUCAUCCUUUGAUUAUUUGCAAGCUGAGAAUACCAACCUCCACUUGUAGACUCGCCUAGAAGCCCGUAACUUCGCAAUAAAUCGAUCCCAAAAAUAUUUCGACAAUCCAGACAAGUUCGCCCAGAGAGAUGGCUUCCAGAAAAUCAGCGAUCUGAGGAAUACUCAGAGGAUAGACUCUCUGCUAGUAAACCUUUUACCUCUGGCUUCCAUUGCUGUCUUGGGAGGCCGCUGGCGAUGCUUGAGUUGAGGUUGGUUAUCAUUAAGGUUCUUCUUGCUUUUGACGUAUCGGUGGAUUCUGCGGACAGUGUCAACUUCGAUGACUUUCCGGUCAUUAUGUUGAUUCAGAAACUUCCUAUGGUACUCCGACUUAAGUCAAGAGAUGUUGGUAUAGAGGUGGUCUAG